GCAUGGCAGAAGAUCUGCUGUGAAAUAGCUAAUCUACUACAACUUGAGAAAAGAGCAAUAGGUAGGUGAAAACUUGGUCUUGAGCAGUUACACUUCAUAUUCUUUUACCUGAACACCAUACGCCAAUAUGACUGUUGACUGAUGUCUUGCAUGGACAUUUCAAGUGUUACUCUCUGAUUCUCUUCCCUAAACUCUAAAACAAUAACUGUACAGUGCAGAAAACCAGCUGUUAUUUAAUGAAUGAUAGGCUGCCUGACAGUGCCCAGUUCACUAGAAAGCAAAGUAUCAGAAGUUUUGGUGCAUGUUUUUGCCCAAACGUCAACUUUGGAACCAGUGUCAAUUAUCUGGACUGUAUUGGAAGGAGAAAGGCAUUAAGAACAGUAUUAACUUUCGUCCAUCCUGUAUUCUGUUCUCUUUUCUCCUUUGAGUCUCAGGUUUAAAUCUUGUAGAGAAAUUAGCACUUUUUUUUUCUUAAAACUAAAACAAACCAAAAAGCCACCACCUUUCUCCAACGUUUAUUAAAAUUAUUUUGUCAGAUGUGGUUAACAGGGUCUAUUUGCAGCUGAAUACCCUAUUUCUGAUAUAAAUAGAUGCCGUUGACCUGAAGGACAGAAAUCACAAUGUUUGAAUUUCCACAAAAACCAUCUUGAGAUGGGGCAGGUAGCUGCAGUUGUGGUAUCUCUAUUGUUGCUAUAAAGCUUGUGGACCACGUUAUCCCUUGCUCACACACUGCACCUUUACUCCUGUGCUAAAUGGGCUCUUCCUGAACAAAGUGCAUUUUUUGUGCUACAGAAGCAUUUAAGAUGACACAUGGUAUGAUGCUGUACACCUUAUCCCUUCUCUUCUAAAGCAAUAAUUGUGCUCUACCAUGUGGCUCAGAUACAGCUCUGCCGACACCCACAAAUUGUUUUCAGGUAAGCUACAUCCUACCUGUGUAUACGUACUUAAAUGUAACUGUGGUAUUUGCUCAUGGGAAGGUAUCAAAUGCUUAUCACAAAAAGCUGUGAACUGAAAGCAGCAGAUCUAGUGUAUUCAGAAUGUGUGUGUUUGAUGUCAUUCUGCAAGUACCUUGAGUUUUGGGGUACAGAUGAGUACAACUUCUACAGCUUGUCACUGAACUGCUGGUAAAUGAAAAUUGGAAUACAGUGUUCCCCGGAGAGUUUGUCUGUCAUGGAGCUCAAGAGGUUAAUAUGUAGUUAUGUGGUGAUACUAUAAUUUUAUAUGCAUCUGCAGAUACUGGUAAUAGAUAUUAAAGUGGGCAUUUACAUCCUUAUUAUGGGUCAGUACUUGAUGUCAUAAUAAAAAAGUCACAUCAGAAAAGUAUGGGAUAAAAAUCUGAUUAUGCCCCUUUUGGAGUGUAAAUGGCUUUAAAAUUCAAAUUGUCACCUGAUGGGAGGAUCGGGAAAGAGUCAGAACAAGGGCAAAGGGGCGAAGCUGAGAGGCACAAGGGGCAGGGUAGGGAGGAAAAAGAUAGGCUGGACAAGGCCUUUGCUUGUGCAGUUUAUAUCCACGUGAAUACUACAUCUCAUUACUUAGACUCUUUGUGUCAUCUCAUUAAACAUAAGCUUGAGUGAAAGGUGGACUUUGCAAUGUAGUAUGAAGGUCAAUAGACGACAGAUCUUCUGUAGAGUGCAAAUCUGAUUGGUGUUGGUGACGCUAAAAUCUCAUGGUUUAUUGUUUGAAAAACAACAAACAUCAAAACUACUAAAGAGUUCCCAAAGCAAGGCAAAAGCUGGAACUCUCUUGAAGCUGUUCUCAGUAACUGCAACACCUGGCCCAGAUCCUAGGGAGAGGGAUGGAUACUGAGGGGGGCUGAGAGGUGGAAUAGGGCACUGUUGGUUAAAAUCCACCUAGGAGUACAGUGGGGACUAGAGCAGCAUUGGAGUAUGGGCAGCUACGCAGCUGGAUAGAUUGGGUCAGGAAGCUCAUCUGCAGUUCAUCAAAGUGUUUCCAACACCUGGAAUGUCUGUGGAAGCCGAAACCCUCCUGCAGAUAGAAACUUGGAAGGGUGUUGACCUUCCAUUUUGCUGCUACUUUUUUAUCCAAAUCCAUCUUGCAAUGUCUUCACAGCUGACUGUAAUAUUAGGGACAUUAUAUUUUUGGGAAAUGUGAGGGACAGUGCCAUGAGGUGAAGUAAACAGGUCAUCACAGCUGAAAAGGGAAGCCUUCUCCCGCCCUUUCCACCCCAUCUUCCCAGGCCUGGCUGUAACAUCCUGUUGUUUACCUGGCACUCCUUGGGAUGACCCCUCUGAGUAGUGUCAGCCUCCUAACAGGAGGAAAACAACAAGCAACAACAACAACAAAAACACCCCAAAGCACAAAAACCAACCAGCCUUGCUUUCUGCUGAUUUAAUCGGUUGAUUGGCUCAGCUGGUGUGUGUGAGGAGUGCCAGAGGCAGCAGCAGGCCUGAGGGCGGGGGCUGAGGGAGGGGCUGGCUGGGCAGGAGGGAGGCUCGCUCAGCACACAGCACCAAGCUUUUCAGUUUGGCUCAGUUGCUUGCAGGCUUAUGACCAGUACCCCACGUUUUCAAGGGAUUCAGCAACUCGCAGCAACUCUGUACAGUCCAAGGCUGCAGGAGGUGCUUUGCAGGGCCUGUAAGUCACACAGAGCUGCUUUGCCAGCAGCUGUGUUCUCUUCAUCUUCCAGGUGUUCCUGAUUGGGUCUUACACCAUGACUAGCACAGAGUGGGUUGAUGUGGGGCACUCCAGGAGAACUGGAUUUGGAACAUGGAGUUUGGAGGUUGGGACUCGGAGUACUGUGUCCUAGUCACAAAGAGAGGCAGAGACGCAGAGGGGACUGUCGGCUGGUGCAGGCGGAACCAAAAGAUAUUUAAUCAGCAAUUAGAAACACCUGAGGGCAAGGGAAAUUCUACUCCAGCCUCCAGCUUCAUCUCUCAGCCUGCAGCAUGCUGCUCGGCAGAAUGGCCACGGAGGAGCGGCACCUCUCCUCCAGCUGUGGGUCCUUCAUCAAGACCGAGCCCUCCAGCCCAUCAUCUGGCAUCGACGCCAUCAGCCACCACAGCCCAAGUGGCUCCUCCGAUGCUAGCGGUGGCUACGGCAUUGCCAUGGGUGGCCACCCCAAUGGCCUGGACUCACCGCCCAUGUUCAAUGGCACAGGGAUUGGCGGUGGGUCCUGCCGUAAGCGUUAUGAUGACUGCGCCAGUGCCAUCAUGGAGGAUUCACCCACCAAGUGCGAGUACAUGCUUAAUGCGAUCCCCAAGCGGCUGUGCCUGGUGUGCGGGGACAUUGCUUCUGGGUACCACUACGGUGUGGCUUCCUGUGAGGCGUGCAAAGCCUUCUUCAAGAGGACUAUUCAAGGGAAUAUUGAAUACAGCUGCCCAGCCACCAAUGAAUGUGAGAUCACAAAACGGAGGCGCAAGUCCUGUCAAGCCUGUCGCUUCAUGAAAUGCCUCAAAGUGGGGAUGCUGAAAGAAGGUGUUCGUCUGGAUCGAGUCCGUGGAGGACGCCAGAAAUACAAGAGAAGACUGGAUUCUGAGAGUAGCACUUACUUGAGCUUACAGAUCCCUCCCCCAGCUAAAAAGCCACUGACUAAGAUCGUCUCCCACUUGCUGGUGGCAGAACCAGAGAAGAUUUAUGCCAUGCCUGAUCCAACCAUGCCGGAGAGUGACAUCAAAGCCCUGACAACCCUCUGUGACCUGGCAGACAGGGAAUUGGUGGUGAUCAUUGGCUGGGCAAAGCACAUCCCAGGGUUCUCCAAUCUCUCCCUUGGGGACCAGAUGAGCCUCCUGCAGAGCGCCUGGAUGGAAAUCCUCAUCCUGGGCAUUGUGUACCGCUCCCUGCCAUACGAGGACAAGCUCGUCUAUGCUGAGGACUACAUCAUGGAUGAAGAACACUCUCGUCUGACGGGGCUGCUCGAGCUCUACCUGGCCAUCCUACAACUGGUGCGCCGCUACAAGAAGCUCAAGGUGGAAAAAGAAGAGUUUGUCACGCUCAAAGCUCUGGCCCUCGCCAAUUCAGACUCCAUGCACAUAGAGGACAUGGAUGCAGUGCAGAAGCUCCAGGACCUUCUCCAUGAAGCCCUGCAGGACUACGAGCUGAGUCAGCGCAACGAGGAGCCCCGGCGAGCAGGCAAGCUGCUCCUGACCUUGCCCCUCCUGCGGCAGACAGCCGCCAAAGCUGUGCAGCACUUCUACAGCAUCAAACUGCAGGGCAAGGUUCCCAUGCAUAAACUCUUCCUAGAAAUGCUAGAGGCAAAGGUCUGA